AUGCAUAACAAAAAGCAGAAGGUCAAAAUCCGCAGGAGUGGUGACUCCGUUCGCCGUAAGGUCCUCAUACUUGGCAAAAAGUGUAAUAUCUUCAGCAUCGUCAUGUACUGGAAUCCUACCCACAGGAGAAUGGAAACGGCAGUGCAUAUCCCUCCAGGCCAAAAGCUGCCGGACUUGAACAAGAUUGCUCUGAGAGCAAUGCAGGACAAGUCUCAACAGUCUGAUGGCCGGCGCACCCCGUGCUCAACCGACCCGCACCAGUCAACCGGUCGCGCAAACGGCAGCCAAACUGCAAAUCAUCGGGCCCCUCCAUUAUCUGUAUAUGAUUUUCCGGAUGAUGAUGCGGAUACCACGAAUACUCAAUCUCAGCUUCAACAUUUGCAGCUGUUAGAAUCGGACACUCUAGAAGCAGAUGAUACAGCAUCAGAUGGCCAUUGGGACAAUCGACCGCGAAACAGCAGUUCCAGUAACGUGGCCGAAGUUUGUUUAGGCUCAUCACCAUAUGACGACCUGCAAUGUUACCACGACGGUCGCACAGUCCGAGCACCACAGCAAGACAAACCACGAAACGGCACGCCAUGGUCUGCACUAGAUCGGAUGAGGGAACUUCGAGGUACACCAUCGAAGACAGGAACAUCAUUGCCGAGUGCAGGUCGAAUUGGCAAGAGACCUCCGGCGUAUGCAUCGAGGUUGGCAACUGCCCAUGGCGGUAUACACCACCCUCGUUUGACAAAACGAACCGUGGCUCAAAGGAUGCUACAUAUACUACGGGACCUCUCAGGAACAUUGGGAAGUGCUACGAAGAGAUGA